UGAACUUUGGAUUUCUUUGAAAUUCUACCCCAAAAUUAUGUAAAAUUAGUAUUUUACCCCCCCUGAAAAAAAUCGUUUACGUACUAUUUAUAUCAAAUAAUAUUUUUGCCUCCCUGGACGAAAAUCCUGGCUCCGCCCCUGCUUUUAGCUGUCUGCCUUUACAGGAGAGAGCCAAAGUUCGAGACCCUAGACUGAAAGCUCCAACCUUUACCAUCUCAGGUUCCUUGCUUGAAUUCCAGUAACUAAUCAAUGGGAUCGAAUGUUGGGGGCGUGAACCUGAAGCUUCUGAUUGACCAGGAGAACAACAGAGUGCUCUUUGCCGAGACAGGGAAGGAAUUUGUGGACUUCAUCUUCCGCAUUCUUGCUUUGCCUGCCGGGACAAUCACACAACUCAUAAAUGGGAAGGAAAUGGUGGGCUCCAUCGGGAACCUCUACUCGAGUAUUGAGAACCUUAACGAUACGUACAUGAAGUCUGGCUUGAAAGUUGGAACCCAAAGCGCCUGGCUACGGUUCACAGAAUCUUCUCUCACUGCCUCCGGUCACGGCCUCAACUUCAUCAAUUACCAAGAAAUUCUACAGGCUGUGAAGUUUUUGAAGGCUUCCCUGCAGUCCAAGACGGUUCUCACUGAUGCCUUUCUUGGAAACAAGGGAGAAGUGAAAGUGAACUGAGAUGGCAUCAUUUUAGCAUUGGCUUGGGGUUGUUUUCUUUUUUUCAAAUGAAAAUAUUAGGAGUGGGCAUCAAGUGCUCUUUCUUAAACACUGAAAGACUACAUUAUAUUACUCUUUAAGUAAAUAUUUGGAACUUCUGUUUGAUGUUCUAUUUGAUGAACGUCCGUCAUGUGGCUACGACUGAAAAAGUCAUCGGCUUUGUCAUAUCAUC